CUUAAUGGUGAAGAGAGGAAACCAACCAUGAAGAUGAUUAAUGAUGUCCGUGAGAACUUGGGUUUCUUUGAGUUGGUGAACCAUGGGCUAUCUCAUGAUCUCUUGGACACCGUGGAGAGACUCACAAAAGAGCACUACAAGAAAUGUAUGGAGAAAAGGUUUAAAGAAAUGGUGCCCAACAAGUGUCUCGAGGCCGCUCAAUCCGAAAUCAAUAACUUGGAUUGGGAAAGCGCUUUCUUCUGUCGGUGGCCUCCAGCUCUUAAGGACGACCAAUGGAUUGAUGUUCCACCCAUGAACCACUCUAUUAUAAUCAACUUAGGUGACCAAUUUGAGAUCAUUACCAAUGGCAAAUAUAAGAGUGUGAUGCACGGGUGA